AUGAGGCUGGGAAGGGAUAUGAAGAAAAACGAUUACAUUCCUCUGUUUGAGAGCAAGGCAGCCAAAUGGCGCGGCGUUUACUGGUUUUACACGAUUUCUAUGGCUGUCUCCAUAGCAUUGAUAUGCGUCUACAGAGUGAUGCACUUCCCACAACAACAUGGACUCAGAAGAUGGACAUGGAUUGGCAUUUCCAUGGCAGAGCUCUGGUUCAUCAUCUACUGGAUCAUGGAGGUGCAAAUAACUGACAUCAUGAAGCUUGGGAGAGUUCCUGAUCAAUUGAGAAAGCACCACAAAGGACUUCGUGAAUGGGAAUCGGGCGCAAGCAGAAGCAACCACCACACCAUUCUUCAAGUGCUAAUUGACGGGAGAGGCAACAAGGAAGUGGACAUAGAGGGAAAACCAUUGCCUAUGCUCGUAUAUUUGGCACGUGAGAAGAGACCUGGGUACCCACAUAACUUCAAAGCAGGAGCCAUGAAUGCCUUAAUAAGGGUGUCAUCUAGGAUAAGCAACGGCCCAAUCAUUCUCAAUCUAGAUUGCGAUCACUACUCAAACAACCCUCAAUCUGUGAGAGAUGCAUUAUGCUUCUUCAUGGAUGAACAACAGGGCCAUAACAUUGGCUACGUGCAGUAUCCUCAGAAAUUCGAUAACCUCACAAAAAAUGAUCUUUAUGGAAGCUCUUUAAAAGUGCCCCAUGACCUAGAGCUUACAGCCUUGGAUGCACAUGGAGGACCACUAUACAUUGGAAGUUGCUGUUUCCACAGAAGAGACGCUCUCACCGGGAAGAAGUACGAGAAGGGGUCUCACAUCAACUGGAAACAAGUGGAAGAGAUACAUGAACCAGAAAGAGAAAAUCUUCUAGAGGAAACUGCCAAGUUUGCAAAUUGUAGCUAUGAAGAGAACUCACCCUGGGGCAAGGAGAUGGGGUUGAAGUAUGGAUGUCCUGUUGAAGAUGUGGUUACUGGAUUAUCAAUACAGUGCAACGGAUGGAGAUCCGUCUACUUUAACCCAGGGAGGAAAGGCUUCUUGGGAGUAGCUCCUGUGACGCUGUUAAGUGCAUUAAUUCAGCAAACUCGAUGGUCCGAAGGCCACUUUCAGAUAUUCCUGUCAAAAUACUGCCCUUUAAUAUAUGGCCAUGGAAAGAUCCCAAUACAACUUCAACUAUCAUAUCUCUGCUACAACCUGUGGGGAGCAAACUGUUUGGCUACGUUAUACUAUGUAACUGUACCGACCUUUUGCCUUCUGAAAGGAAUCAAUUUGUUUCCACAGUUUUCAAGCAACUGGAUUCUACCAUAUGCAUAUGUUCUCGUAGCAAAAUACACUUACAGUCUGGGAGAGUUUCUCAGCUGUGGAGGCACACUAAUGGGAUGGUAUAAUGAUCAGAGAAUGUGGCUGUACAAGAGAGUUACCAGUUAUCUUUUUGGAUUCUGUCAAACAAUCAUGAGGUACUUGGGCUUCGCAAAGUUGGAUUUUACAAUCACUGGGAAGAAUGUGGAUGAUGAUGUUUCUAAAAGAUUUGAGCAAGAGAUAAUGGAAUUCGGUGCAGCUUCAUCAAUGUUCAUCAUUUUAGCAACAAUUGCGCUGUUCAAUCUCCUUACAUCAAUCUCUAUUGGCAGAAGCAUCAUUAUCAAGAAGCCAGCCAUAGAUUUGGAUUCUUGUGCAUUACAGAUUCUUUUGAAUGGGGUAGUGAUAAUAAUCAACUUACCCUUGUUUGAAGCGCUCUUCCUUCGGAAGGAUCAAGGUUGUAUGCCCACUUCUGUCACGUGCCAGUCAAUUGUCUUAGCUGCUUUAGCUUAUAUGUUAGGAUAUUGAGAUAAUAAACUUCAAACAUGUGAAGAAACCAGCAAAACAUCUAGUUAUUGUAUGUACUUGCUGACAUUUAUGCAAUACCAUUCCUGUUUCGAUAAA